AUGGGGGCCGGGCUGCUCCUCGGGGCCGCCUGCGUCGUGCUCCUGCUGCCGGGGACCCUGGCCCGCAGCCUGGGGAGGAAGGCGCCCGGGCCCUUCUCGGCCGAGAGAUGUCGCCUGGGUCCCAACGUCUGUCUUUUGGGGUUUGGGAGCCACUGCUGCCCGGGCUGGAUGCCCUCCAUGGUGGGUGGGCAUGGCACCCUCCCCCUGUGCUCCUUCGGCUGCGGGAGUGGCGUCUGCAUUGCCCCCAACAUCUGUGCCUGCUGGGACGGAGAGCACUCGGCCUCGUGCCCAGAGGUACACAGGCCCUGCGAGUACGGCUGUGACCUUACCUGCAAUUAUGGAGGCUGUGAGGAGGUGGCCCGAGUUUGUCCCAUGGGCUUCUCCAUGACCGAGACAGCUGUGGGUGUUAUCUGUACUGACAUCAAUGAGUGCCUGAGUGCCUCCUGCGAGGGCCUCUGCGUGAACACGGAAGGUGGGUUCGUGUGCCAGUGUGGGCCGGGCAUGCAGCUGGCGGCUGACCGUCACAGCUGCCGAGACACUGACGAAUGUCUGGGGGCACCCUGCCAGCACAGGUGUAGAAACAGCCUGGGCAGCUACAGGUGUUCCUGCAGAAGUGGCUUUCAUCUCCAUGGCAACAGGCACUCCUGUGUAGAUGUAAAUGAGCGUCGGAGGCCACUGGAGAGGCGAGUCUGCCACCAUUCCUGCCAGAACACCGUGAGCAGCUUUUUGUGCACCUGCCGACCUGACCUCAGGCUUCAGGCUGACAGCGUGAAGGUGAACACCCCGCCCAGCUCUUCCCUGACCCCGCCCCCUGGUUCUUGCUCCUGUUCCUAUUGGUGCUUGCUAAGCCCUGGCCUCCAAACCCCGCCCCCAGCAGUGCUUUCUUGGCACCAGGCCCCGCUCUCUGAACUGGAUCCCAUCCCCUGGCACUAG